CACCGCCUCCGUCCGCUUUUCUCUUUCUCUACGGUAGUCAGCUUCGGCCCUGUUCGAGAGUCCUGCAGCCUUGGCAUUCAGCUGCUACAAAGAACCGAGACGGGGCAGCCACGGUUAACGUCUACAAUCCAAACAGCUUGUGGGUAAUUGAAGUGAAGAACCAGCUCAGUGUGCCAUGUUGAGGCUGAUCUUUUUAGUGGCUCUCGCCGGGUUCUCCCGGGCCAGUGAUGUUCUGGAGUUCACGGAUGACGAUUUCGAAACCAGGAUUGGAAGCCACGAUUUCAUCCUGGUGGAGUUUUUUGCACCUUGGUGUGGUCAUUGUAAACGACUCGCACCUGAGUACGAGGCAGCAGCCACACGUCUGAAAGGCAUCGUCGCUCUUGCUAAGGUUGAUUGCACAGCCAACAGCAACACAUGCAGCAAAUAUGGUGUGAGUGGAUACCCCACCCUGAAGAUCUUUAGGGACGGAGAGGAGUCUGGUCCUUAUGAUGGUCCCAGAUCUGCAGAUGGGAUUGUUAGUUUUCUGAAAAAGCAAGCUGGCCCAGCUUCAGUGGAGCUCAAGACCGAUGCCGACUUUGAGAAGUUUGUUGCAGAUAAAGAUGCAAGUGUCAUUGGGUUCUUUGCUGAUGAUAAGAGCACAGCACAGGCUGAAUUCCAGAAAGCAGCCAGCGCCUUGAGGGAUAACUAUCGCUUUGCCCACACCAACUCUGAAGACCUCCUCAAGAGUCACAACAUCGAUGAAGAGGGCGUCAUCCUGUUCCGUCCACAACGUCUCAACAAUAAGUUUGAAGACGGCUCGGUGAAAUUCGGCGAGGACAAAUUUACCAACAACAAAAUCAAGAGCUUCAUCCAAGACAACAUCUUCGGGAUCUGUCCCCACAUGACGGACGACAACAAAGACCAGCUGAGAGGGAAAGACCUGCUGGUGGCUUAUUACGAUGUGGACUACGAGAAAAACCCCAAAGGCUCCAACUACUGGAGGAACAGGGUGAUGAAGGUUGCCAAAAGCUUCCUGGAUCAGGGAAAGAAGCUGAACUUUGCCGUCGCCAACAAGAACCAGUUCAACCACGAAGUGUCUGAGUUCGGCCUGGACGGCAGCUCGGGGGAGCUGCCUCUCGUGGCCAUCCGCUCCGCCAAGGGAGACAAAUACGUCAUGAGCGAGGAGUUCUCCCGAGAUGGAAAAGCUCUCGAGCGUUUCCUGCAAGAUUACUUCGAUGGAAAGCUGAAGCGCUACCUCAAAUCAGAAGCAAUCCCAGAGAACAAUGAUGGACCAGUUAAGGUUUUGGUGGCUGAGAACUUUGACUCCAUCGUCAACGACGACAGCAAAGAUGUGCUCAUCGAGUUUUACGCGCCGUGGUGCGGACACUGCAAGAGCCUGGAGCCAAAAUACGUGGAGCUGGGAGAGAAGCUGGCCGACGAUCCAAACGUUGUUAUUGCCAAGAUGGAUGCCACAGCCAACGAUGUGCCAUCUCCAUAUGAAGUCAGCGGUUUCCCUACGAUCUACUUCUCCCCUGCUGGACGCAAGUCGAACCCCAAGAAAUACGAGGGAGGACGGGAGGUGAACGACUUCAUCUCUUACCUGAAGAAGGAGGCCACCAACCCGUUGGUGGUUCAGAAAAAGAAGAAGGACGGCGACAAGUCUGAGCUAUAAAAGCGCCCAACGGGAACUCCGCAUCCGUCACAACAGGAGGGGGCUUGAGGAAGACGAAGAACUAAAUUAAUUCCACUCUUAGUGAACAAAUGCUCUGAAGCCGAAGUCAAGACGCGGCCAUCCCAUAGGCCCUCCGCCGCUCAGGAUCACUGUGGAGAAGUAGUGGCCAGGGUCUGCCCGAUGUUUUUAUUUUAUUUUCAAACCGUACCAAAUUUUUAGGGACGAGGGACCGCUUUUGAAUGAGAUUUCUAUUUCCUCGGGUCUGUCUACACAUCAUGCUGAUGCACUUUGGUUUGAUGCCAGUUUUCCAGCCGUCUGUUGCUUUGGUUUUGUCAUCACAGGGGCUAACUACUGUUUGUUGUUUGUAACUGGUUUUUGUUUUUGUACAUUUGGAAGAACUAUGAAAUAAAAAAUAAAUAAAAG